CUGCACUCUGAAGCUUUCCAGAUAGUGCAUCCACCGAACAGUAUCCCGACCGACAUUUCGCUCUCACAGUAUCUCUCAAUUCAGGAAAAGGGCGUCUCGGCAUGGGAAUUCGAGGCUUCAUACGACCAACAUCUUUUCGUUCAUGACAGGACCGAAAUCUCGUUUUUUGAGCAGACCGCGUGCGUGCAAACGAACCUGCCCCUCCCAAAACAACAGGAGGUCUACUACUGGGAGGUCAAAAUGUUUGAAAAGAGCCCCAACACUACCAUUUCCGUUGGCGUCAGCACCAAACCAUACCCGACGACUCGCCUCCCAGGUUGGAAUCGUCACUCUGUUGGCUACUUUUCGCAUAACGGACAAAAGUACUGCAACUCGCUCUGGAGCGGAUACCCCUACGGCCCCAUCUACUUUGAAGGCGAUGUCGUCGGCUGUGGUUACCGGCCUAGAAACGGAACCAUCUUCUUUACCCGAAACGGCAAAAGGAUUGAAGAUGCAUAUACGGGAUUCGGCAGAAUGAACUUGUUCCCGACAGUCGGCACCACGGGUCCCUGUGUGCUGCAUGUCAACUUUGGACAGUCUGGUUUCGUGUUUGUCGAGGCCAAUGUCAAGAAGUGGGGACUGGCGCCCGCCAGUGGAUCGCUAGUCCCACCACCAGCUUAUGGCAGUGAAUUGGGAUCGAUUCUAUUGGAGGCAGCAGGGUCUGCGAACAAUCUGCAGGCACCGACAUCAUCAUCGCAACGGCCAAUUUUUCAGUCGAGUUCGUCAAGGAUGCGGGUGCAGUCAGCAGGCGCAUUAAGACGAGAGGAUUCGUUUCAAGGAGCAAGAGGCGAUGGCGCCACAGUGCAGGAUCGAUCGUCGUCACCAGUGCAGAUCUCAUUGUCCACUAUGUCGGCACCUCCGCCUAAUUACUCAAGUCUUGACAGAUACGGACACCCUCGGCAUAGAGAUGAUGACGCAAGUAGUGUGGCGAGCUCGGAAAGCAAUGAGUCGGCGACGUUGUUGCUGGGGGAUGCUCAACCAGAUCCUAGCAGUGGACAUUCACAGGAUGGGGAGGGCUCCUGUAAUUAA